ACUCUUUGUCUGCUGCCUCCGGAUGCACAGCGAUGGGGGAAUGGACCAUCUUGGAGAGGCUGCUGGAAGCCGCGGUGCAGCAGCACUCCACUAUGAUCGGGAGGAUCCUGUUGACUGUGGUGGUGAUCUUCCGGAUCCUCAUUGUGGCCAUUGUGGGGGAGACAGUGUACGAUGACGAGCAGACCAUGUUUGUGUGCAACACCCUGCAGCCUGGCUGUAACCAGGCCUGCUAUGACCGCGCCUUCCCCAUCUCCCACAUACGUUACUGGGUCUUCCAGAUCAUAAUGGUGUGUACCCCCAGUCUCUGCUUCAUCACCUAUUCUGUGCACCAGUCCGCCAAGCAGCGAGAACGCCGCUACUCUACCGUCUUCCUAGCCCUGGACAGAGACCCCCCUGAGUCCAUGGGUGGUCCUGGAGGAACUGGGGGUAUGGGCAGUGGUGGUGGAAAACGAGAAGAUAAGAAGAUGCCAAAUGCCAUCGUCAAUGGGGUGCUGCAAAACACAGAGAACACCAGCAAAGAGACGGAGCCAGAUUGUUUAGAGGUUAAGGAGCUGACCCCACACCCGUCAGGGCUGCGCACUGCAGCGCGAUCCAAGCUCCGAAGGCAGGAAGGCAUCUCCCGCUUCUACAUUAUCCAAGUGGUGUUCCGAAAUGCCCUGGAGAUUGGGUUUCUGGUGGGCCAAUACUUUCUCUAUGGCUUCAGCGUCCCAGGGUUGUAUGAGUGUGACCGCUACCCCUGCAUCAAGGAGGUGGAGUGUUAUGUGUCCCGGCCUACUGAGAAGACCGUCUUCCUAGUGUUCAUGUUUGCUGUGAGUGGCAUCUGUGUUGUGCUCAACUUGGCCGAACUCAACCACUUGGGUUGGCGCAAGAUCAAGCUGGCUGUGCGAGGGGCCCAGGCCAAGAGAAAGUCAGUCUAUGAGAUCCGCAACAAGGACCUGCCCCGGGUCAGUGUUCCCAACUUUGGCAGGACUCAGUCCAGUGAUUCUGCCUACGUGUGAAGGGACAGGUUUGGGGAAGGCCCAGGGGAUGACAGGUAGCCCUGAGGCAGAUGGCUGUUUGAGAGUGGCUAACAUCUGCCCUCAAUUAUUUGACUCUCACUAUUGAGAUACAGGAAAAGGUUGGUUAGGAGAAGAUGUUGCAUCAAUGGGAGAGGAGAGAAAGAAUCAUUAGGACGUCACACCACUGGUUCCACAGAGACAAUUGGGGAGAGUGAUGAGAUGGAUGAGCUGGCCUUUGUUGGAUCUUUUAACUUUAUGGCCAAGUCUGAUCUUGAUAACAGUGGACUUGUACAGCUACAAACUAGGACUUAGCUCUGCUGAGUUCUGCAUCCUGGUGAAUGGUGUAAGUGAAAUUCUUCAUUGGUACAAGAUUUGUGACUUAUCUCAACACAUCCCUUCAUCCUAGGCUGCAAGACAAACAUCCUUGAGGCAUUCUUCAUGUAUCUCCCUGAUCAGCAUGCCCCUUUCCUCAACCCAAGAUAGCAUGCCAGCUUUUUUUUUUUUUUUUAAAUCUGGCCUUACAGUAGACCUAAUAUGGUUUACCUGCAAGCUAGAGGGAAUUACUUGGGAUGCUUUUUUGGAGAAUGGUCAUGACAAAGGCUUGCAUUAGAGUCCCAUAUGACUGGCCCUUAGUCAUUAUGAAAACCUUAG